UUUGUCCUUCAUCAGAUAUUUCAGCAUUCCGAGCGACAGGCUCUCCCGCCCAAAAUGGCAGUGUAGCGCGCAGCGGCAUAUUUAGCAGCGGCAAAUCCGGCAGUGCAUAGGCAAACUGCACUGGCUUUAUUCGGCAAAAUGGCGUCUCUCAAGGCAAAACCCCACAGCUUUGCUGCCGUAGACAGCAUACGACUCCCACUCGAGCCUUCAGAAACCCUUCUACUACUACCACCCCUCUCCCUCGUUGCAUCUCUGACCCGCAUCAGCAGCAGCAGUGACAGCGACCAUGAUGUUGUCUCUGAGCUCCCAGCUGGCUAUGGAGGACAUGGGGGGCCUGUUCUUGGGCUCCUCACUUCUGAUGGAUGACCCCAUCGGGCCCCUUCUGGACAAUGAAGAGGAACUGCAGCAGUCUCAGUCUCUGCCUCAGGGGCGCGCUUCGUCGCCCCUUUCUCCUCUCUCUUCCUCCUACGCUGACUCCUGCUCCUCCUCUCCCUUCUCCUGUCUGUCUCCUCCUCCCUCCCCUCCUCCUCCCUCUGCUGCCCAGCUGGGCUCCUCCAAGGCCUCCGACCUCUCUCUCCCCUCUCUGCCCUGGCUCUCUGCAGACGAGCUGCUGACCAGCUCACACAUGGGCGCAGAUGAUGGCAAAGGGGAUGCGUUCUCCGGAAUGGAUUGGAUGGCGGAGAAGAUCGACCUGAGCGACUUCGACCUAGACUCUCUCAUCGGGUCCUACGAGUCCGACGAUCCGCCGAGUUCUCCCGAAGAGCUGCUCGCCUCCCUGGACUCCCUGGAGUCCCACAUGGACCUGGACCUGGGCCUGGAUCCACUGGUCCCCCCGGUCUCCACCUCCAUCACCUCCUCCUCCUCCUCCUCCUCAGUCACCUCCUCUGAAGAAGAGUGCUUGGCUCUCUCCUCCUCCCUGGAGGUCGACCCCACACCACCAGCAGUCACCACCACCACCACCACCACCGUGGUGUCCCCAGAAGAUCUAGAAGUAGCCAGCCUCCUCGUCCCAGAGCCGGCCGCUCUGGAGAUCGAGAUCAAAUCUGAGCCUUCGUCUCCGGUCCCGUCUCCCCUGUCCGCCACCUACACCCUGGAGUUGGGGAGUGAGGUGGACGUGUCUGAGCUGGAGAAAGUGGUCGUGUCUCCUUCCGUGGCGGCGGCCGCAGCAGCAGCAGCAGCGGUGACAGACCCGGAGUCCCUUCAGGCAUCCAGCAGCAUCGUCCUGUCCCUCUCUCCCUCGCACAUCGUGGUGGUCCUCGCCAGUCCUAAGGAGGAGCCCGGUGAUGGUCAGACGUCAUUGAGCUCCUACGAAGAGCCGUCUGAUAGCGACAGUGGCAUCGGUUCAGUGGCCGGAUCCCCCGCUGCGCACCACCAGCGGAGUCCGCCCCCGUCUCCGUCUCCCGUGGCUGCCGUCGCCGGCCAUGGUGGGUCCUCCAGAACCAAGCCCUACUCCAAACCGGACCCGGACGCCGCCGCCGCUGCUGGCUCCUCCUCGGUCGGCGGGAAGGUGAAGAGCGUCUCCGGCGCCCCGAAGGUGGUGGAGAAGAAGCUGAAGAAGAUGGAGCAGAACAAGACUGCGGCCACGCGCUACCGCCAGAAGAAACGCGCCGAGCAGGAGACGCUCAACUCCGAGUGCACCGACCUGGAGAACCGCAACCGCGAACUGGCGGAAAAGGCCGACUCCAUCAGCCGCGAGAUCCAGUAUCUGAAGGAUCUUCUGGAGGAGGUGCGAGGAGCGGCCAAGAACCGUAAGAGCAAGAGCAGCUCGGCCUAAAAGUCACGACAACCACGACAGCGGCACGAGACAAAAUGGAGAACGGCUGAGUUUUUAGGCAAAGUUCAAUCAAAAGGGCUGAGAGAUUUUAGAGUGGAAGCAUCAGCAUGCUGGUCUCUCAGUCCUUCAGUUAAUCCCCUGAAUAAAUUUGUAGAUUAAUCGUCAAAUAUUGGCCGUUGUUGUCCUGUAAUGUCGAGUAAUAAUAUAGUCUCGAAGUGACUAAUCAUAUCAUGAUGACGUGUACUUCCCCAGAAUACAAGAAUCAGUUCAUUCAAAUGUCAUUUUUAUUUUAAAUGUCCCCCUCUACCUUGUCCCCCUCUACCACUAUGUCUCUCUUCUAUGCUCUACGCUCUCUCUCUCUUCGCCCUCUUCUCUCCUCUGCUCUCUCUCUCUCUCUCUCUCUAUCUCUCUCUCUCUCUCUCCUCUGUUGUCAUUUGGAAUGCAGCUAGAGUCCUCAUGUCCAGUAAGGGGCCUAAUGAAAUUGCAAAAUCUUGUUACACACUGAAAUCUUUCAGUUUUAUUUUAUUUUAUUUUGUACAUAGGCUUAAAGCGCUUCUGCGUGGGUUUUAUUUAUCACCUUAUGGUCCAUUUUUUGUGUAGCUGUCUGCUUGUACAAUGCCACAUUGUUUUCUAUUAAAGCUUUAUUCAGACUCAA